AAAGUUUAUCUUCAUCAAAUGAUGAACUUCCAUGUUUAAGUUGGUCUUGUGGAGAUAGAAUAAAGUGGAAAAGAAAUAAUAUCUUGGAAAUUGGAACUAUUCGAUGGCUAGGGUACAUUUCAGCAAUUUCCAAAAAUUUAGUUGCAGGAAUUGAAUUUGAUAACCCCAUUGGCUAUGGAGAUGGUAAAAUUGGUUUUAAAAGAUAUUUUUAUGGAAAAAAUAACCAUGUAUGCUUUAUACCUGUCAAUCUAUUGAAUAAAGUUGAUGAUAAAUUCAGUUCAGAUUCUACUUUUCACUUAUUAAAUUGUCAAUAUUCUACAAAAAAUAUUGAUUCUGGGAAUCUUGAAUUUAAAAACGGAAAUAAACCCAUACUAAGUAAAAGUCAAAAAGUUAAAUCUGUUCAUUUGAAACAUCGAGUACCAAAAUUUGGACAGUGGUCUGAAGAUGAAGCUGAAGAGAAUAACAAUAGGCUUCAAAAUAAAAGUUAUUCAGUAGAAAGUUGUCCAGAAAUGUUUUCGGUGAAGUAUGACAUAUCCAGCAGUAGUGAAAGUGAUUCAGAUACCAAAAGUGGAUUGCAAAUGUUAAUGAGUUGCUUUAUUCCGAGCUCUAAGUACCAUAAAAGAAAAAAAAUUAAAAAAAUAAAUUUAGAACAUAAAAAAUUAUUAAAUAAAUAUAAACCAGUUGAAGGUAUAAAUACUAAGAUUGAAAAGAAAAAAGUUCCUCCACCUAUACCACCACCUCCCUCUCCAUUACUUUUGAAAAAGCAAGUUAAAUCUGAAUAUUAUAACCAAUUAAGUAAAUCAGAUAAUAAUUUACAUAAAGAAGAUACUAUUCUUAGAAAUUGUAAAUCCAACACACUCAAUAUUUCAAAAAGUACUGAUAAAGUAAAUAUUCUUCAUUCUCCAGACUUAAAAAGUAAAACAAGUUCCUUACCAAUGAGGUACCAAAAGAGACGCGCCCCACCUCCACCUAUUAAUAUUUCUGUCUGUGAUAAAGAAGAGUGUAAUAAAAAUGUAGAGAACAUUUUCAAAAGCAAUGUAUUAUCUUUAGAAGACAAAGUUGAGCCAGUAAAAGAAAUUAAUAAAAGUAUGUUUAAAAAUAUAGAAAUUGUUAAUCAGGUUGAUAAUCCAAAUUUCAGAAAAACUGAAGAAGUUUCAGUUUCACCACCUAUUCUACCUGUUAAAAAAGUUCCUCAUGAUACCAAAACAUUAUUUGGAUAUUCUUUAGAAGAACAAGAACAAAACUUAUCAUAUAAUAAAUUAAGUCAAAAUGAAAACUUAUACUGCGAAUUAAAACAGAAUUUUAUAAAAUCCCCUGAAGAAAAUAUAAAUUUGUGUAGUAAAGGUAAAGUUGUUAAUUUAACUGAUUUAUCUAGGAAACUAUUCUAUCAAUCAUCAUCUUAUCAUCGCACGAAAACAAAAGCUAAGAAUGACAAUUCUCAUGCAAAAGAAGAAAAACUUUCUUCCAACAUCAUGUUUGAUAGAUUUACAAACCAAAAUAAAGAAAAAGAAGCAGAUUUAUAUAAAAUAAAUGAUACUAUGAGCAUUUCAAAUUUAUUUACAAAUCAUUUACAUUCUGAUUUUAAUGUCAAAACUAAAUCUGGAGUUACUAAAAGUGAUGAUAGUUUUAAAGAAAGAGGAAAUAAAGAUUCUAGUGAUUCCUACAUAAGAAAGAAGAUAUUUAGUAAUAAUAAUAAUAAUAAUAAUAAAGCAGUUUUAAGUAACACUAAUACUAUUUUUCCAUUUACUAUUACUUCUGAGAACUAUGUGACAUUUUCAUCUCCUGAAGCAUGUUUUGUGACUUAUACAAAUGCAAAUGAGAAUUUACAUACUACUAAACAUUCAUUUGUUAAUGAUAAAAAUUACUUAAAACAUGAAUCACUCAAAGAAAGUGAAAAUAAUUGUCAAAAUAAGAAUAAUUAUCAAAAAUCUAAAGUAGAUGCAAAAGAAAACAUUUUUAAAGAAAAAAAUAAAUUAAAUAAAUAUAAUAUAAAAGAGAAGAUAAAAUCUGAUAUUACAAAAGAACCAAAAUUAAAUUUGUUAAUAGAGAAGGAUAAAACUGAUAAAGAUAAACAGCCUUUGUGUAAUAUAUUUUUGGAUGACUCUACAAUUAAUCAAAAUAAAGAAGGAAAAGAAUUUAGUUUACAGCAUAAUUAUAGAAAAAAAUGUCAGAUAAAAUCAGACAAACCUUUAUCCAUUUUGGAAGAAAAGCAAAAAUUUGUUAUUAAUAAGAAAUUUAAUAAAACUUCAGAAUUAGAUACUUUUGAAAAUAAUUAUUCAAUGAAAAAAUGUCCAGAAAAGAAAUUGAAUUCUGUUCAUGUACAAACUGAGUCAUUAUUUGGAGAAUUGGGGGUGAAUGUCAAAAAUAGCAACAGUGGAGUUUGUUCAUCUGCCAAUUUUUACAGACCAACACAGGAAAUUAGAACUCCUCAGACGUCAACCACCUUAGCAGUACCAUUGCCAGAAUUAAGAGCAAAUAGAACUUAUCGACACGAUUCUUUACAUUCAUCUAAUAAGGCUAUGUCUAUGUCCAAAAAAUUUCAACUAAUAACAUUAUUCAAACAAUUAGAAACUGCUAUUGCUAAUGGUCAACAUAAAAAAGCUGCAGUUUUAGCAAAAAAAUUAGCAAUACAUAAAGCUUCCUGCUCUUUAAAUGAACUUUCAGUUGAAGAAAAUGAUGAUAAAAACUUUAUUAUAGUUAGCCUUUAUAUUGAAGAUAAAUUUCUUCAUCAAGGGCCAUUUCCAUUAAAAAUUCAUUCUUUUAUGACUCUUGGAAUGUUGAAAAGUAAAAUAGAGAAAGAAUAUUCUAUUCCUAAAGAAUUUCAAAGAUGGAUAUUAAACAAGAGAUUGGUUAUUGAUGAUGAUAUUACAUUAUCUGAUUAUGAUGUAACUGAUGCAGGAUGUCCCCUUUUCUUAUAUUUAAUGUAUCCAAGUUCUGAAAGUGAAGCAUCUAAUGUAUUAAAUAAUAAUUCUUCUUCAAAUGAAGAAAAUCAGCAUCAAAAUUUAUUCUUUGAAGAUGUACAAAGUCAUUUGUUUAAUUUUGAAAAUAUCCCAAAUAUUCCUGAAGAAAAUGAAGAUGUAUGUUCUACUUGUGGAAUAUUAGAGUCUUGUCAGUCAUGCAGAGAAUCUAAAUCAAAUACUAAAGCAGAAAAUUCUCAUUGCAGAAAUCUUAAUGUGAUGGCUGAAAAUCAUGAAAUAAAUGAAAAAUAUGAGAAUUUAAAAAAAGAAGCUGAAAAAAAUUACCAGUUCCUUAUUCAGCUUGAUAAUCAAGAUUUGAUACCAAAUGCUGAUUCAUUUGAAUGUUCUGUUUGUUUCAGUGAUGUUAAAGCAAAUGAAGGAGUUGUUUUAAGAGAUUGCCUUCAUCAGUUUUGCAAGCAAUGCUUAGCAAAUGCCAUUGAAUUUACAGAAAAUGCAAUUAUUAAGUGCCUUUUUAGAAAUGAUCAAUACUCCUGUGAUAGCAUUCUUCAAGAAAGAGAAAUUAAAGCAUUAGUGUCACCAGAAGUUUUUGAACGAUAUUUGCGGCGUGGAUUAGUAACAGCAGAAAGCUGUACAGAAAAUAGUUUUCAUUGUAAAUCUCCAGAUUGUCCUGGUUGGUGUGUAUAUGAAGACACAAUUAAUACAUUUGACUGUCCUGUUUGUUUUCAUGUUAAUUGUCUCUCCUGUCAAGCCAUUCAUGAAGGUUUAAAUUGUAAACAGUAUCAAGAUGAAUUAGCAUAUCGAUCUGAAAGAGACAAAGAAGCACGAGAAACUAAGGAAUAUCUUGAAAAUAUGGUGCAAGAAGGUAAAGCAAUGUUUUGUCCCAAAUGCAAUGUGAUAGUUAUGAAAAGAUGGGGAUGUGAUUGGUUAAAGUGUUCAGUUUGUCAAACAGAAAUAUGUUGGAUAACAAAACAGCCACGUUGGGGACCUGAAGUAAGUUUGAUUAUACAUUUAGUUAGCCUUUAUAUUGAAGAUAAAUUUCUUCAUCAAGGGCCAUUUCCAUUAAAAAUUCAUUCUUUUAUGACUCUUGGAAUGUUGAAAAGUAAAAUAGAGAAAGAAUAUUCUAUUCCUAAAGAAUUUCAAAGAUGGAUAUUAAACAAGAGAUUGGUUAUUGAUGAUGAUAUUACAUUAUCUGAUUAUGAUGUAACUGAUGCAGGAUGUCCCCUUUUCUUAUAUUUAAUGUAUCCAAGUUCUGAAAGUGAAGCAUCUAAUGUAUUAAAUAAUAAUUCUUCUUCAAAUGAAGAAAAUCAGCAUCAAAAUUUAUUCUUUGAAGAUGUACAAAGUCAUUUGUUUAAUUUUGAAAAUAUCCCAAAUAUUCCUGAAGAAAAUGAAGAUGUAUGUUCUACUUGUGGAAUAUUAGAGUCUUGUCAGUCAUGCAGAGAAUCUAAAUCAAAUACUAAAGCAGAAAAUUCUCAUUGCAGAAAUCUUAAUGUGAUGGCUGAAAAUCAUGAAAUAAAUGAAAAAUAUGAGAAUUUAAAAAAAGAAGCUGAAAAAAAUUACCAGUUCCUUAUUCAGCUUGAUAAUCAAGAUUUGAUACCAAAUGCUGAUUCAUUUGAAUGUUCUGUUUGUUUCAGUGAUGUUAAAGCAAAUGAAGGAGUUGUUUUAAGAGAUUGCCUUCAUCAGUUUUGCAAGCAAUGCUUAGCAAAUGCCAUUGAAUUUACAGAAAAUGCAAUUAUUAAGUGCCUUUUUAGAAAUGAUCAAUACUCCUGUGAUAGCAUUCUUCAAGAAAGAGAAAUUAAAGCAUUAGUGUCACCAGAAGUUUUUGAACGAUAUUUGCGGCGUGGAUUAGUAACAGCAGAAAGCUGUACAGAAAAUAGUUUUCAUUGUAAAUCUCCAGAUUGUCCUGGUUGGUGUGUAUAUGAAGACACAAUUAAUACAUUUGACUGUCCUGUUUGUUUUCAUGUUAAUUGUCUCUCCUGUCAAGCCAUUCAUGAAGGUUUAAAUUGUAAACAGUAUCAAGAUGAAUUAGCAUAUCGAUCUGAAAGAGACAAAGAAGCACGAGAAACUAAGGAAUAUCUUGAAAAUAUGGUGCAAGAAGGUAAAGCAAUGUUUUGUCCCAAAUGCAAUGUGAUAGUUAUGAAAAGAUGGGGAUGUGAUUGGUUAAAGUGUUCAGUUUGUCAAACAGAAAUAUGUUGGAUAACAAAACAGCCACGUUGGGGACCUGAAGGUCAUGGAGAUACGAGCAGUGGCUGUAGAUGUGGAUUGGAUGGCAAACGUUGUCAUCCACAGUGUAAUUACUGCCAUUAAAACAAUCAUACAGAAAUAAAGGUUUGGUAAUCAUCUAUCAGUUUAUUCUGUCAGCUUUUAAGUCUUAAUUAUAUUUCAACUCUUAUUGACCAAUAUAUAAAUUAAAUUAUGUGUUUAGUUAUGUUUAUAAAUUUAAAAAUUUGCUUGUCUUUUAUCGUGUAUCUUUACUCUAUCUUUAUUACUGUUGAAAUUGUUUUUUGUUAUAAUUAUUAAUGUACAUUAAAUAGAAUAAAUAAACAAUCUUUUAA